AUGGUGCAUAUCGAGGAGAGUCUCCAGAUACCUCGCGACUUUGAGGGCUUCGGCGAGGAGGGGUUUAAUCCAAAGUGGCCCAAUGGUGCUCGCAUUGCCGUGUCUUUUGUUCUCAACUAUGAAGAGGGAGGAGAGCGAAGCAUCUUGGAUGGCGAUCCAUUUUCGGAGCCAUAUCUGUGGGAGAAGGGUGCGUCAGGCGGUUACAAGGAAGGUGCACGAUACCUCAAUGCCGAGCAAGACUUCGAGUACGGCAGCCGUUCUGCAUCCUGGCGUCUUAUCCGACUAUUCAAGGAGUUCGGAUGGAGCUUCACCACGUAUGCCGUUGCUUAUGCCCUGAAACGAAACCCGAUUUUCGCAAAAGCUCUGGUCCGCGACGGCCACGAGAUUGCCUGCCAUGGUUUAAGAUGGCUCGACAUCUGGAACUACUCGCUUGAAGAAGACAAGGAAUACAUCAAACAGAACAUUUUGAUGUUGAAAGAGGUUUCAGGCGAGAUGCCGGUCGGUGCUUACUUCGGUCGCGGAACCCCAAACACUCCUUCCUUGUUCCCAGAGGUUUGGAAGAGCCUGGGUGGAGAGUUUCUCUGGUCCUCGGAGUGUUACAAUGAUGAUGUGCCUUACUGGCUUGACUUGCCGUGGGAGAAGGACUUGCCAGAAGCUGACAGGGAGGGCAUGCUUCUGAUCCCUUACAACUAUGACUGCAAUGAUGGCAAGUUUCACAUGUCACCUGGGUUUGGCAGCUCAGUCGCUGAGACAUAUGAGCAAUAUCUCAAAAACACCUUCGAUUGUUUGUACAGAGAGGGCGGGAAGUUGAUGAACAUUCCGUUGCAUACACGCAUCAUCGGCAAGCCAGGGAGAUCUGAGGCACUGAGAAAGUUCAUGAAGUACAUCUCAGAGAAAGAGGGGGUUUGGGUCACGACUCGAAGGGAUAUUGCUAAGCAUAUGAGGGCUGAAUUCCCGUACAAACCCAAUGGCGAGUGGAUGAAGGGUAUGUGA